AUGGAGGCAUACUCAUAUGUAUCCAAGAAUAAAGUCAACUGCCGCUUCAGUGCCAAAGAAGAUAAAAAACUAACAGAUCUUAUAAAUAAAUAUGGCGAAAAUGACUGGAAAUUAAUUGCUUCUUACAUGCCCGGCCGAAAUAAACGCCAAUGCAAAGAUAGAUGGACAAGAUAUUUAUCUCCUAACGUUAAUAAUGGACCUUGGACUCCAGAAGAAGAGCAGCUUUUACUGAAUUUAGUGAAUGAAUUAGAUCAUAAAUGGACACAAAUUGCAAAGCAUUUUCAAGGUCGACAUGAUAGUCAAAUUAAAAAUAAGUAUCAUAUACUUCAAGCAAGGAUGACUCGUGAACAGCCAACCGAUCCAAAAAUAACACAGCCAAAGGAAGAAAAAAAGUCAGAGAAGCCCAAGGAUUUUUUCUAUUUACCGGCAGCGAAGCCUACCCAGGUUCCUCUGGAAGAACUAAUUUCAAUUUUCGAUGAAAGAAAUAUUGAUAAUAUUUUAUACUUUGGAGUUUAA